CUUUGGAUGCGGAUUAAAUAGUCUACGAAAGUAGGUAACUGCAGUCACAGGAAGGAUUUAAAGUGCGUUUCGCUGUGGGAGUUAUCGAGAUAACGAAUUCUGCUCUCUGCAAAGUGCAAUGAAACAAAAUUGUAGCUUGGGGCGGUCGCUUCUCCGCGGGCUGGAAGGGUGCGGGAUCCGGGGGUAGCGGGAGGCCACGCUCGCUCCAGAGCCGGGGGGGGUGCCGGCGUGCGCCCCGCCCUCGGCUGGGAUGCUGCGGCCGAGCGGCAGCAGCGGAGGGAACAAGCGUGCCCUGGGCGCGGGGCGCCCCUCCUCCAGCUCGCGCCCCUCCCUCGCCCCGUCCGGGGGUGGCUCAGGGACCUGGGGUGCAGGCCGCACUGCCAAGAGGAGCUCAGUGGGCACUUCGGGGACUGGGCCGGGCGUGGCCGGCGCCUCCGGGGCCGACCCCGAAUACAUCAUGCUGCUGGUCAACGACGUGCGGAAGUUCGCCGAUGUGCUGCUGCGGCUCAAGGAGGCCUUCAAUGCCAAAGAGCCCCAGGACUGCCUGCAGCAGGCGGUGCAGGAGCGGCUCGGGGAGCUGCUGCGUGUGCUGAAGGCCGUCAUCGGGAAGCACCAGACGCUCAACUCCGUGGACAUCCUCAGCGCCGCCGGCACCGUCAUCGCCAAGGUCAAAGGUGUGAACUUCAAAGAGGUCAACGAGGAAAACAGGCGACACAUUUUCGGCGAGAUACACAGCUCCAUCGACACAUUGGCAUUCACAUUUGGCAAUGUAGUGUCUGACUUCCUUAUGGGAGAUGUGGACAGUGAAACAGUGUUGGGGCUCCCCCAGACUCGGAGAAGCAGGUCUUUUGAGAACCUCUCGCUGGAGUCCGGAGGGUCGCUCCCAGAGAAAGAUGACCUGCCAGGUCCUACGCGGGCCGAGGAUGUCGACUGCGCCCUGUUGACCAGCGACCGUGGCGUGGAGUCUGCCCUGCUCUAUGCCAAGGCCUGGUCCAAGUACACCAAAGACCUGCUGGCCUGGGUGGAGAAGCGCCUGAGCCUGGAUGUUGAAUGCGCAAAAAGCUUCGCAAAAAUGGCCGAGUCAGCAAAGACUCUCGCAAGUCAACAGGAGUACAUGCCCUUCAGGGAGAUCUACAUCUCUGCCUUCAAAAAUGACAUUGAGUACAGCCAGGCCCUGCUUCAGACAGCAGCCGCGCUGCAAACUAACAAAUUCAUGCAGCCCCUGUUGGCUCGCAAGAACGAGCUGGAUAAACUGAGGAAGGAAAUGAAGGACCAGUGGCAGCGAGAGCAGAAGAAGAUGCAAGAGGCGGACGGGGCGCUGAGGAAGGCCAGGCUGCUGCAGACGCAGCGUCGUGAGGACUACGAGAAGGCGCGCUGCUCCGCCAGCCGCGUGGAGGAGGAGCAGCUGGGCGCCGGCGGCAAGCAGCUGGAGAAGAAGAGGAGGCUCGAGGAGGAGGCGCUGCAGAAGGCAGAGGAGGCUAACGACCAGUUCAAAGCCUGCAUCGCUGACGUCGGGGUGAAGCGCGUGGACCUGGCCAACGCCAAAAGCGAGAUCCUGACGCAGAUCCGCGAGCUGGUCUUCCAGUGCGACCUCACACUCAAGGCUGUGACGGUGAACUGGUUCCAGCUGCAGCAGGCCCAGGCCGUCUCCCUCCCGCUGAACUACCAGGCACUGUGCGAGAGCGCCAAGCUGUAUGAGCCUGGCCAGCGCUACUCCGAGUUCGUCCGGAGCCUGCCCAAAGACAGGAAUCGGGGGGAGUCCUUCUCCUUCGACCUGCAGACGCCCCAGACCACAGGGUUCCCAUUGCCCAAGAGGUCGAUAAGCAGCAGCCAUUCCUCCUACGGGAACCUGUCCCAGGCGUCCGUCGCCUCAGUUGACUUCCACAGUGCUGACGAGGUGGAGAGCCCAGUCCAUGGCCAGCCAGAGAAGGCUGGAGAGCGGCGGUCCAACAGCAGCACGGACAGCCAAGCGCAGAGGAGUCGGGGUCCGCUCCGAGCCUGGGGGACAGGCAGCCAGGGAGGGGGGAUGUGCAGCGAUUCGGAGAGCGCCGGGGGCAGCAGCGAAUCGCGCUCCAUGGACUCGCCCACCGCCAGCCCAGGUGACUUCAAGAGGAAGCUCCCCAGGACGCCGUCCACGGGCACCAUGUCCUCCGCAGACGACCUGGACGAGCGAGAGCCGCCCUCCCCCUUGGACAACGACCGUCACAGUGAUGUGUGGUGUCCCCCUCCCGGUCCCUCAGGCCUGGGUGAGAUUGUGACAGAGAUGGCCAGCUCCCCCGGGCCCUUCCGGAACACACAGAUGUCCAAGGCGGCGCAGACCCACAGGCUGCGGAAGCUGCGAGCCCCGUCAAAGUGCCGGGAGUGCGACGGCCUGGUGGUGUUUCACGGGGCCGAGUGCGAGGAGUGCUCUCUAGCGUGUCACAAGAAGUGCCUGGAGACGCUGGCGAUUCAGUGCGGCCACAAGAAGCUCCAGGGGAAACUGCACCUGUUCGGGAUCGACUUCACCCAGGCAGCCAAAAACAGCCCGGACGGAAUUCCCUUCAUCAUCAAAAAGUGCACCUCGGAGAUCGAGAACCGGGCCCUGAACAUCAAGGGUAUCUACCGCGUGAACGGAGCCAAAUCCCGAGUGGAGAAGCUAUGCCAGGCCUUUGAAAACGGGAAGGACCUGGUGGAGCUGUCGGACCUUUACCCUCACGACAUCAGCAACGUGCUCAAGCUGUACCUGCGACAGCUCCCCGAGCCGCUCAUCCUGUUCCGUUAUUACAACGACUUCAUCGGGCUGGCAAAGGAGAGCCGUGGCGCCAUCGUGGACGAGGUGGACGCGGCGCGCGGGAGCCCCGCCUCCGAGCAGCCGCCCGUCAGCGUGGAGCUCAACCGCGUCAUCCUCAAGAUCCGGGACCUGCUGAGGCAGCUGCCCGCCGCGCAUUACCGGACCAUGCAGUUCCUCAUAGGCCACCUGUACAGAGUGACGGAGAAGGCGGACGAGAACAAAAUGACGGCGAGCAACCUGGGCAUCAUUUUUGGGCCAACGCUGAUCAAGCCGCGGCAGACGGAGGCGGAGGUGUCACUGUCUUCGCUGGUGGACUACCCCUACCAGGCCCUGAUAGUGGAGCUGCUGAUCCGCCACUACAGGAGGAUCUUUGACGCACCCCUGAGCCCCACCACCACGGUCGCACCCCCCCUGGGUGGGGAUGGCUCUCCCCUGCCGCAGAAGGGCGUGAUCGCCCGGCUGACCGCCGAGGAGAAGGAACAGCGGCUGAGCAGGCACUCCAAGUCCCUGGGCGACAUCAAGGAUCAGAGCACCAAAGUGUACAAGAGGCACUCGUCCGUGAUCCCGUCCAUGCACUUGCAGAGCGAGGUGAAGGACGCGAAGGCGAAGCCUGAUGGGACGGAGUGUCCACCUGCAGCGGUUCACAGUUUGGAGAAAGUCAAUGGUCUCCCGCCGUCCGGCCAGCCAACGAUGCAGAAAUCCACGCUGGUGCUGAACCGGCCCUACAUCAGCACGACCAAAGUCCAGCUCCGCCCGCCACGGUCCAAGCUCAUCUCACGGCCCAUCAGCAUGCCCGUGGACCGGCUGCUGAGCCCGGCACAGGUGAGCGAGAGGAACUCACGGAACGCGGCUGAGCGGGAGCGAGAGCAGGAGCGCAACCCUGCCAUCGAGGAGGCUGCGGAGCCGGAGGGGCCCCCGGCCCGGCCCGGCGGCCAGCACCGCAACACCUACAUCGACACGCAGACGCUGCGGCGCACCUGGGACCGGCAGUACAAGCGCUACGAUGUCACGCCAAGGACAGCCAUGAUCGUGGCCAAGGGGGCGGGUGACUCCGUCAAGCUGCCCGCCCCCGCACCUGCAACGACGCCCCGCGGCCAGGCGGGUGGCGCCGUCAGCACCGUCAGUGUGGUGCUCCCCAGCGCCCCCUACACCGUCUCCGUUCGGGCGCUCCGGAGGGAGGACAACGUCAGCGAGUCCAACCCGCUGCCCCCCACCUUCAGGGCCCCCCGGACCCUGCAGCCCCCGCCCGGGACCUUCUACAAGCCCCCCUCGAGUGGCAGGGCGAAGCUCGCCGCAGCCCCGGCGGCAAAGACGUGCGCCUCGGCAGGCAGCACAGAAGCGGACCCGGGGGCAGAGGAGCCGGCCAACGGCGGGCACGCGGACCCUGAGGCCACGCCCACACCCACGUCCUCACUGUCCCCACCCCAGUCCCCCGGCUGCAGCCCGGAGAACCUCAGCCCCACCGAGGCCAAACCCGUGUACCAGCGGCUUCGGCCCCGGCGCAUGCAGGAGUUCGAGCACAGGGAAGCACAUUUCGUAUGACCAAUAAUCAGACUCGAUUGUUGCAAAUAUUUUUAUACGCAUAUAUCUAUAUAUAAAACUCUUGUGCCAUAUUGUAUAUUAUUAAAAAAAGGAAAACGAUGUUUUACUAUGCCUUCGGAAAGAAAAAGAACUUUCAAGAGCUGUGAAAAAUUAACCACAGAAGUGUUACACAUGUCAAUGCAUUCCUUGUUGUCUGUUGUGUCAUGUCACGGUUUGAGCUGGAAGGAGCAUUGGUCAACCCAAAUUCACCCUGAAUGCACUUAUCUUAAAGUGUGUAUUUAUGAGGUAUUUAACACUUUAGUCACUGUUUCAUUUCUUAAAAUCAUAAGAUCCAUGACCCUAUAAUAUAAUGAACACGCGUCACAUAUCACUGUAACAACUCUUGGAAAUAAAGAACUUUUUGUAAAUCGCUUCACUGUUUUUCUCUUGCUCACAGGGAAAUGAGAAAUUUCUGGAAAGCAAGUUUGUGGGCUUCCCUUUAUAACUGUGCAAUUUCUUUUUACUUGGAAAAUACAAAAGUGAAAAUGAAGCACUCAUGCCAGGAAAAAAACAAACGUACUAAAAAUGAACUGUUUCUCACAUUCCUGCAUUUGUAUGCUAAAACGGUUUCAUGUGUUAUAUUUGUGUGUGUUUUCUUUUUUCUCAUAACUAUUACAAUGCACCUACAAGGCCUAAAUACCAGAAUACAGGACUACUUUGAGUUUUGAGAAGAGCAGGAUCUUUUCAUACAUUUACUGAUGUGAGAUCUUGUGAGCAAUCCCUCGUAACUUUGUAGUACAGAUGUGGAAGAUACAAGCUGAGUCAUUGGCUAAUGAUUUUUGCCUGUGUACAUAACCCUGUCUCUGGGUUAAGCUUAAGUAAGUGCAUUGGAUCAUUUAUGUAAACAUUAUAUCUCUGUUUACAUUUUAUAAUUUCUAAGCUCCAAGCUGCCUGUGAUGAAUGAAGUGUCUUCAUUCCCAUCAGCAAACAGUUCCUAAGAGUACACACCAUUAAUAACUUGAUGAAGGGUAUAAUUCACAGCUUAGAAUAAUUCAAAACUGAAAAAGGUCAAAGGUCAGGGGAAUUGUUUUUUUUCUAGUACUUUCUGAACAAUCAGGAGUUAUGCUCAUUUUGUUUGUCUGCAAAAUUAUCUAGCACAAAAAGCUUGAUGUCUGGUUCUGACAUCAGCAGUUCAUCAUGCAAUUAUGAUUUAACGUGACUACCCUAAAUGAAGAUGGAAGGGGAACUGUGUAUUUUACGGUAAAAAAAGAAACAAAUUUAUUAAAAUGUGGUAGAACAUUUACUUUACAUUUACACCAAGUCAGGUGUCCUCACAAGGCUGUUUUUGAAGAGCUAGGUGCUUACAGUCACCCCUCCCCCUCAUGUCUCAUUGAACCAAUCAAAGUGCUUUUUGAUUAGAGACAUCCACAGGAUACCCAAUUAAAUUAAAGAAUGUUAAUACAACACGGGUUUACACCAUAAGGAUAAUGGGAACUUAUAGGAGUUUUUGAAAAUAUUACAUAUGCCAGUCAAUUUGUAUCUUAUAUAUUAAUAUUCUUAGAUAUCUUAAUAUUCUGUCUGAACAGAAGAGUCUGAACAGUAUGAUAUGUGCAUAAUCACUUCAUUUUCUCACACGUUGCAUUCCAGAUACCUUGCAAUGACUGAAUAAUGUUUAUCUAUAACAGGACUUUCAUGUGCAGGGCCAUUGAUUUGAUUCUCUGUUCGUACCUGCAAGGGCCCAGACCCUGUUUAACUUUACUACUGUGCACUUUAUCCUGCAAUUUGAGUGCUCAUUUUAUCAGCACUUUCACGAUGUAUCAAGCUUGUGACCUACCUGAAAUUUUCAGAAAACCAAACCCAAAAGUGUGCCCUGGUGUCUGCCCCGCCUUGUUCAUAUUCCAGUGCAGCGUGUAUGCCUUCCUUUCUCAGUCAUUGGAAAUGGUGGUUCGAAGAGGAAGCUUAAGGGAAUGUUUGCUCCUGGUUGAGGGCCACAGAGCAUGCUUGGACUCAUUCUACCUCCACUGUCAAUCAUUUUAUAGAAGUCUCCUGUUUUUUUUUUUUUUUUUCUUGAAGUCACAUCACCUGAUGUUCCAGGUGUAAAUGGUUAUAUUGUUGAAGGGUAACUAAUCUGUAUGGGACCUCAA